CAACAAAUCCUAUCCUCUCUUUCUAUCCAUCUUCCCUGUCAAAGCUCCGUCAAAUCAAAGAGAUGGCGAAUAAUUCGAUCGUUUCCUUCGUUGUUCAACGACUCAUUAACAUUCCGGCGCGCGUACGCGAAAAGAAGAAGAAGAGGAGGAGAAGAAGAGAAGGCAGAUCCACCGAAGAAGGACUCCUCUCGCCAUCCUUCCUGCUCGCCUUCUUUCCUCUACCCGUUUCGAGCAACUCGUUUCUACGCUCCAGCCGAGGGCCCGAUCCACGCCGGUUUCCAGUGCCCAGAUGCUACCUGGCCGCAACCGACACGCGUCCACUCGCAUCCGAAUUUCGAUACGUGCGCGUACGAUUGUCAUCACGGUUGUUAGUUGGAACGGGAGUCUUUGGAGAACUGUUGUUGGAGGUGGUUGGAGGAGCGUGGGAGGUGUUUAGAAGGUUUGACGAAUGUCGUCAUUGGUCAUCCCCACUCCAAUGGUCAAGUGAUAUAACUGGUCGUAACUCGAUCGUUGACAGUGUUUAUAAGGUGAGUGGAAAGAUAAUGGAUCGUGGAAAUUUUUGUAUCGUUGGAUUGUAUUGUAAUUGUAAGGAGAUCAUUUUUGAUGUUAUUUGUGAAAAUUUGAUUGGAAAUGGAGGGAUAUAUUGGUGUGGUUAUCCCCACCCCACAAUGGUCGAGUGACUAAUGUCAUAUUGAUGGUGUUGGUUUAAAAGAUGAGUGGAAAGAUUGAUGAUUUGCAUUGUUGUAUUGUUGUUGAUUUUGGUUAAAGAAAAUGAAAGAAAUUUUUGUAUAAUCACCAAUGUUGGAAAUAAUUACUGGACCAAUUGAUUUGGUGUUGGUAGUGUUUAGAAGGUGAGUGGAAAAAUUGAUGAUGGAUUGGAUUAAUUUGUGUGAUAUUGUCACAUUGAGAUAAUUGAUGAUCUUACACUGAAAAAAAAGCAGAUCUAUCGGUAAAAAUUUUGGAAAAAUUAAAAAAAAACUAGAAAUAAUUAAUAAUUAAUUUAAUUAAAUUA